AUGAAUCAAAAAGACUACAUAAUUGUAUUUUCCGAUCCCACAACAAUUACUUAUAUUAUUAAGGAUGAUAAAUUAAGAGAGAUUAGGAUUGAGAAUUCAACUCCUUGGAAACAUCAACAUGGAGACCCUAUUCCAAUAAAAAUAAUUCGAAGAUUUAGAUAUAGUUGUAUUUGGGUGUUUGAUGAAUUUCGUAAGGGCGGAUGUUCUAAUGGAGCAUUAAUUAGAUUUAAAGGUUAA